AGCUUCUGAUUGUAGCUAGGCCUGGCCACUCUAAUCCUUUUUCUGGCCAACUUCAACGGAGGAAGACACGUGCGUUUCCUAAACUUUCUUUUGGUACUAAUUUCUUACGGGAAUGAAAUCACAAACCCAGAAAAAGAAUGCCCCCAAGGCCAAAUCGAAGGCCCCCGAGCCGUCGAAGAAAGCCCAAGCUAAGGUGGCCCCUGUAGAAGUCGCCACUGCUUCUGCGGCUCCGCCGCCUUUGUCCUCGAAGAAGGUGGCCAAAGCUCCGGCCGUGGCUCUGAAGAACCUCGAGUUGGCCAUGAAGGAAUCGGCUAAGAAGGCCAGCGAAAUGGCAGAGCAGAAGUUUGCCGCAAAGCCGAAGAAAGCCCAGAAUGCUCCGCGCAAGAACGUGAACCCAGUGCCGGACCCAGUAGCUCCUGCUGUAGUCCAGAAAAAGAGAUCGGCGCCUCCUACACGUGGCAAGCCCACGGGUGCUGCCCCCAAAAGGGCUGCCCUAGUCCAAGAAACGCCCAAGGAACAAGCUCCCACGGCACCUAAAGCCGAAGCAAUUGAAGCAACGGCCACUAAAAGUGUCGACAAGAGCAUUGCUGCCCCGGUAAACCAGAAGCCCAAGCCGAAACGCGCCAAGAAUGUGCUGCGUGGCAAGAGGAUGUCCAAGAAGAAAAUCUGGCAGCGCUUUGUGAUUGACUGCGCAUGCGUGGCCGAGGACUUGAUUCUGGAUAUUGCCGACUUCGAAAAGUAUUUGCGCACCCACAUCAAGAUAAAGAACAAGGUCAACCAGCUGAAGGACCAGGUCACUUUCGAGCGGGUCAAGAACUCCUCGCUGGUCAUCCACUCCGCGGUGCACUUCUCCAAGCGCUACUUCAAGUACCUGGCCAAGCGGUACCUGAAGAAGCACAGCCUGCGCGAUUGGGUGCGAGUGGUGUCCACGGCCAAGGACACCUUCGCCAUGAGCUACUUCAAGAUCCAGGCCGAUGACGACGACGACGUCGAGGCCAACGAGGGUGAAACCUUCGUCUAGCGCAACGAUCACAUUUCGAACACAUAACCAUGUAUUACUCUUGAAAGAUGUUCAAGCUUCUUAAAUUUUUCAGUAUACUUCUGUUAAGUCACUUGAAUUUCAAUAGUUCUCCAUGCUUUUCAUACCACUUUCGCAAAUGUAUUUUAAACAUGUUGCACCAUGAAAUACCAAUAAAA